AUGUCUGGCAGGAAAGUUGUAAGAAAAAAAAAUACUAGUUUGGUUGAAAAGAAAACUUUUUCUAAAUCCAAGAGUUCAGUUAAACCUUCUCCAAAACAGGCAAAAAAACGUCCUUCACAUGAUGCAGUGAAAUCAACUGAACCGCCUGCUAAAAAAAAUCACAAUCCAAAUAUGGAACCUCUUGGUGAGAGAACACAUAAUGAUACAUCUGGUAAUACAACCAAAAUAGAUCACAAGCAAGAACCUAGAAGAAGAUUUAAACAAAAAUCGAGGAAACAGAUAGCUUUUGAAAGAGAAAAAAGAUCAAAUAUUAUUGUUGCUCCCAAAUUAAAAGAAAGAAUUGGAGUCAAAGUUUUAGAUAAUGAUGAAGAAAAAGUACCUCAUUGUCCUCACGGACCAUGUCUUUUGUUUGAGAAACCAUUUUCUAGAGAAUCAUCGAAUAUUGAUGUUUCAUAUUCUUGUGCUGUUUAUAGAAGUGAUAAAUGUGAUUAUACUUUAGAUAUAAUAGAUUGGAAUAAAAUAAAGGAUGAUUACGCACCACCAGAACAUAAAUGUGAUCCAUUUGAAUAUGGACAGGCUGCCAGGACUUACAAAGAAUUACACGAAGAAGGAAAAGAAAUUUUCUUUUGUGAAACGUGUUGGAAAUGUUUUAAUAAACAUGCAUGUCCAAUGAUUGGUCCAAUCAAUUAUGAUCUUUUAAAUAAUCCUUUAGAAUUCUUAGUUAACGCUAUUCAAGCCGAUGAAGGAGAGGCACAAUAUUGGUUCAAAGAUGAAACUCAUGAAAUUAUAUACAACGGAAUAAAAAAAGGUGACUUUGAUGGGCUGUUGUGCAUUGGAACACCUACAGUUUUUCAAAAAUUAAGAACUAGAAUGCGUUGUUUUCUGUUAGAUGUUGACGAACGUUUCAAAUACUUUUUUGAAGCAGAUGAAUUUGCACAAUUUAGUAUGUUGGUUAACUAUUUUUAUGAUCCAAAAGGAAGAGAACAGUUAGAAAAGUUUUUUAGAGAAACAAAAAGAUUGUUAAUUCUUUGUGAUCCACCAUUUGCUGUUUUCAUAUCAGCUCUUCAAAAAUCUAUUGACAAAUUAAAAGCUUUCUUUAAAGAAAAAAGUGAAUAUGAAGAUAAAGAAGUGUAUCAAAUGUUUGUUUUGCCUGUUUUUGUUGGAAAACAUUUGCGUGACGUGAAGAUGUUAGAUUACAAAGUAACUUAUUCGAAUCAUAGAGUUUUUAGUAAUCCUGAUCGAACAAUUGUUAGACUUUUUACAGAUGUUGAACAAUCGAAUUUUGAAUUACCAGAACCAUAUUAUAGAUAUUGUUCAGAGUGUAGUCGUUAUGUUGUUUCAACCAAUGAACAUUGUGAUAUGUGUGAAAAAUGUCCUUCUUUAGAUGGAUCCACUUAUAAACAUUGUUUUACUUGUGAACGAUGUGUAAAACCUAAGUAUCAACAUUGCAAAAAAUGCAAAUGUUGUCAUCUUCCGGGGAGAUGUAACUCAAAAUCUUAA